CUCCUGUCUAUUUCUUCUCUCUCAGACAUUCAAGAUGACCUUUCCCCGCCACAGGUCCCUGAAGCCCAAGAUCCUGACCUGCCUUCUGGUGGGUUUGAGUUUCUCCCUCCUGCAUCACUGGUUCCUCGGAGCCCCCAGGUUUCAACAGGAGCAGAGAUCGGAUGGGUUCCAGCAGGUGACCCAAGUGGCCACGUCGCCGUCCAGCCCAGGGCCUCCGUGCGUGGCCAACGCCUCGGCGAACGCCACGGCUGACUUUGAGAAGCUGCCCGCGCGCAUCCAAGACUUCCUGCGGUACCGCCACUGCCGCCACUUUCCGCUGCUCUGGGACGCGCCGGCCAAGUGUAGGGGCAGCCGCGGGCCCUUCCUGCUGCUGGCCGUGAAGUCGUCGCCGGCCAACUUCGAGCGGCGCGAGCUCAUCCGCCGCACGUGGGGGCAGGAGCGCAGCUACGGCGGGCGGCAGGUGCGCCGCCUCUUCCUGCUGGGUACGCCCGCCCCCGAGGACGCCGAGCGCGCAGAGCAGCUGGCGGAGCUGGCCGCGCUGGAGGCGCAUGAGCAUGGCGACGUGCUGCAGUGGGCCUUCACCGACACCUUCCUCAACCUGACGCUCAAGCACGUGCACCUGCUCGACUGGCUGGAGGCCCGCUGCCCGCACGCGCGCUUCCUUCUCAGCGGCGACGACGACGUCUUCGUGCACACGGCCAACGUGCUCCGCUUCCUGGAGGCAAAGUCGCCCGACCGCCACCUCUUCGCCGGGCAGCUCAUGAGCGGCUCCGUGCCCAUCCGCGAGAGCUGGAGCAAGUACUUCGUGCCCCCGCAGCUCUUCCCCGGGUCGGUCUACCCCGUGUACUGCAGCGGUGGCGGCUUCCUCCUGUCCCGCCACACGGUCCAGGCCCUGCGCCAGGCCGCCCGCCACACCCCACUCUUCCCCAUCGACGACGCCUACAUGGGCAUGUGUCUGGAGCGCGUCGGCCUGAAGCCCAGCGGCCACGACGGCAUCCGGCCUUUCGGCGUGCAGCUGCCCGGCGCCCGGCAGCCCUCCUUCGACCCCUGCAUGUACCGCGAGCUGCUGCUGGUGCACCGCUUCGCGCCCUAUGAGAUGCUGCUCAUGUGGAAGGCGCUGCACGACCCGAGGCUGAGCUGUCACCGGGGGCACAGGGUCUCUUGAGGCUGGGAGGUCAGUGUGGGGGUGCCGUGGGGGUCAGUCGUGAGCAAACUAGGAAAGGCAGUGACUGGGGAAUCUGGGAAGACAGUAUUGAGAAAGCCUUUGGAAUGUCAAUGUUAAGGGGUCGUGUUUGGGGGAUGGGGCAUCUGAUUAGUAAGUCUGAAGGACAGCGAUUAGCGAGUGAGCUGGGAGAGACCCAGGUUCCAUUCCUGGGUCCGGAAGAUCCCCUGCAGGAGGACGUGGCAACUACUCCAGUAUUCUUGCCUGGAGAAUCCCAUGGACAGAGGAGCCUGGUGGGCUAUGGUCCACACAGUCGCAAAGAAUCGAACACGACUGAAGUCACUCACAGGCACACAAGGGCACCUAGAGUCUGUUGUGAACCAAACCUCCAUUGGAGGUGGGGGGCUGGGGGGUCGGGUCAGUAACCAGACUCUGAGGAUCAGGCUGUGGUCCUGACUUCAGGAGCUGCCAGUUGUUGGCAAAGUACAAAAAUCAAAACAGCUUGAAAAUGAGGCAGAAAUGUGUGCUGUCAAGGCCCCAACUAUGUAAGAUGGACAAGAAGGGCUGAGCGUCAAGGAAGAAAGCCUGGAUGAGAAGCCAGGAGCCUGACCUGAUGCCUUCCCUGCCCUCAGGAGGAGGUCCAGUCUUCCCCCCACCGUGGACCCCCUCUGGCAUAACCAUGUACUUUGUCACUUGGUCGGGCCCUCUCCCAGCCCUGCAUCUUUGCAAGCUUUGAUCCCUUUACUGGAAAUGUCCACCAGCCAUCACUGGCCAAGUCUCUUGUCUGGAUGAGGAGGCCUGAAGGGGCUGGGGAGCUGUCCACCGAACUCUGUUACCCCCUUCCUCCUGGACACACAUGUAAACUAUACUUCCCAGACUCCCUUGAAGUGAGUUGUGGGCAUGUGACCAGCCUGUCUUCAUGUCUGUGUGUAGUUGUAAAGAAGACCCCUCCUGAACCCAGGCCUCACUUGUGCUCACUUUCUCCUUCCCCCUGAUUGGCACAUGGAUGAGCCUAUAACCUUGCAGAUGCCUGGGUUCCUCAACCUUGGCACAGUUGCCAUUCUGAGUUCUUUGCUGUAAAGGGCUGUCCCGCACUUUGGAGAACAUUUAGUCAUAUUCCUGUCCUCUGGCUGCUAGAUGCCAGCAUCACACCCCAAGUUAUAACAACCAAAAAUAUCUCUGAAGUUUGCCAAAUGUACCCUGGUGAGUGGGGCUUCCCUGGUGGCUUAGGUGGUAAAGAAUCUGCCUGCAACGCAGGAGGCCGGGGCUCCAUCCCUGGGUUGGGAAGAUCCCCUGGAGAAGGAAAUGGCUACCCCCUCCAGUAUUCUGGCCUGGAUAUUUCCACGGACAGAGGAGCCUGGCAGGCUACAAUCCAUGGGGUUGCAAAGAAUUGGACAUGGCCGAGCGACUUUCACUUUCACCCUGGUGAGCAAAGUCACCUCUAGUGUGAACUGCUGACCUAGAGGAAGGCAGGAAAACAAGAGGGCUUCCUAGUUCACUGCAGGGAGCAGGGCUGCUUGUGGACUAACCUGGAAUACUCAGCUCAAACUACUGAGAAGAACAAAAUAAACUUUUAUGUUUU